GACGACAGUCGCACGGGCCCGUUUGUAACCGUCGUUCGUCAGUCGCCGUCGCCGUCGCCGUCGUAGGCGCGCGUCCUCGUAUCACGCCGCCGAGUUUCUUUCCCACACCCCUUCCCCGUUCGCCGUCAACGUCGCUGAUAAUAAUAAGAAAAUAACGCGAGUCCACGGCAAAAUUCCGCGGUUUCACUGUCUUGUGCGCGCGCGUCGUCGGUCAACACGGUAUCACCUGUUUAAUUGAUAUAACAUAAUAUAAUAUCUAUCUCCCGUCGACGAAUUAUAAAUAUUCGUUUCAGUUCGGGGUUUGUGUCGUCUUUUAUCCGCAAAUGUCGUCUGACGUGUUCAAAUCGUGAUUAGUUUCGGUGGCGAGUCGCGCGUGUUUUUGUGUCUGUGCGCGCGUGUGUGUGAUGCCGUUGUCGUUCAAAAAAAUCUUCUCGCGAAAACUGCUGUUCAGCCCAAAAGUCAUGGGUAACGCGGCGUCGCAUCACGAACCGUUGGACCGGGUCGCCGGUCACGCGGGCUCGACGUUCCGGCGUUCGGCCAGUUGUCGGCACAGCAAAUCUUCCAAGAGUGGUCGAUCGCCGUCAAAAAUGGACCGAUUACGGCGGAGUUUUCGAGACAGUUUCAGACGCCGUAAAGAUCUAGGCAAUAACGCUGGAUCGCCGGGCCAUCAUUCUAAUCCUAAGCCCCAUUUGUGGGCCAUGGACGAGGCUGAAGUUCGGGCUGGGAUAUGUUCCUUCCAUGUUAAGUAUCUGGGCUGUGUCGAAGUCUUUGAAUCGAGAGGAAUGGAAGUAUGCGAAGAAGCUUUAAAAACACUUAGAGCGUCACGCCGUAGACCAGUAAGAGCUAUAUUUUACAUAUCAGGAGAUGGAUUGCGUGUUGUAGAAGAAGAAACUAAAGGUUUGAUAGUUGAUCAAACAAUUGAAAAAGUUUCGUUCUGUGCCCCAGAUCGAAGUCAUGAAAAAGGAUUUUCUUACAUAUGCAGAGACGGACUGACUCGUCGAUGGAUGUGUCACGGUUUUGUAGCUCUAAAAGAAUCGGGCGACCGAUUAAGUCAUGCUGUUGGAUGUGCUUUUCAAGAAUGCCUGAUAAGAAAAAAUAAACGAGAAGAAGAUUGUUCUGUUACAAUGAACUAUGAUCCAAAAACAUCUGUUUUUACAAGAACUGGCAGUUUUAGAACUCAAUCAUUAACUGAACAACAGUCUGAACCUAAUAUUCCGCUCAAUGCACCCCCACAACCUCCUCCUUUUCUUCAGUCAAAUAAAGAUAUACCAACAACAGUAAAACCAUUGCAACAAAAUCCUACAACACCAAAAGUCAGCACCAAUGCAAUCGAAAGACCACAUGCUACAUUGUCGAUGUUACAGCGACAAGGAUCAUUUCGCGGAUUUACACAACUGAAUCAAGCAUCUCCAUUUAAAAGACAAUUGUCCCUUAGAAUAUCUGAAUUACCUUCUAAUUUGGAGAGAACAAGAUCGAUGAGUCUACAACCAACAGCAAAUACUCGUACAUCUUCUAAUAAACUUUUACAAAUGAAUACUCCAGUGAGUCCUAUACUUGAAGCUUCUCCUCGAAGUGAAAAACCAAUGUCUACAACAGAUCAAGUAACAGCUAUGUGUCAACAAAUGUCAUUAGAAUUGGCAUUUCUUACAAAUAGUACAACCAAUGACGAUUUUCCUGAGAAAUUUAAAUCAAAUGAUUUAAAAAGUAUAGAAAACAAUUCAAAACAAGGGCCAAUUACUGGAAGUGAAGCAUUUCUUGCUAGUAUAUCAAAAAAAGCCACAUUAUCAUCAGAAACCCAAAGCAACCCCUCCACUCCAAAACCAGAGUGUCGUAUUAGUCCACAAGACGAAGGUUUUGAUUCAGGUUCCAGUUUAUGGAAUGUUAACAACAAAGCAGUAACACCACCAACUCCACCUGCUACUCCACCCUCAACACUACCCAGGCCAGAACAGUGGUUAGGUCAAGUGGCAGCAGUUACGUUACAGUCAAUGGAUUCUCAGGUCACGCCUAAAAGAAAUCCACAUUUAGCAACACACAGUCGUGCGUUUUCUUUAGACACAGCUGAGGAUGCUUAUCGCACAUUUAAUAAUAUUUCAGCCAAUCCGUUUGAUCCUAAUUAUAUAGCCCCUAAACAAAACACAAAUCCGUUUUUAAGUAGCCCAAUAUCAAGUAACCAAAAUAAAACUGUGAAAACUUUUGAAGUUCAAAUGUGAUUAAUUCUUAAAAUUAUCAUCAUUGAAUAAAAAAAGUAAAAACAUAAUUAUAGAAAGGGAAUAUGCGAUUACCAUAAUAUUAUAUAUGUUUGGAUUUAUGAUUGUGCAAUUAGUGUUCAAAAUUAAUAUUAACAAAACUUUGUAUUGAUACUUUUUGAUUUAGUAUACUAUAUA